CGUCAUUUUGUUGUUGCUCCAGCUGUCAUGUGAUAGCUCACAUAGCUUACCCUAGAAGCUGCAGUGUUGACAGUAGCACUCAAGUAGAUAGUAGAAAUAAUCGACGAAAGUUUAACGCCUGCACAAGGGUGCCGUGGCAGAACCCGAAUUUUUUGGUUAGAUAGUUACCGGCAAAGAGAAGCUGGGGCUUUGUCAUUUGUAACAGCGCCGAACUCUCGUCGGACGCCAUGGGUUGCUGUUACAGCAGCGAAAACGAAACGGCAGAGGAGUCGGACGCCGAUGAGCGCAAGCAACUGAUCCCUAACCCAAACCCUGAGAGUAAACCGUUACAUGGCACAGAUUGGGGUGCUUCCAAUGUGCCUUCAGCACGCACAGACGAGCAGGCCCUUCUGACAUCCAUCUUAACAAAGACUGCACAGAACAUUAUUGAUGUCUCUGCUACUGACUCUCAGGGGAUGGAGCAGCAUGAAUACAUGGACAAAGCUCGACAGUACAGUUCAAAGCUGGCUGUGUUGAGUAACACCUUGCCCCAGAAGAAGGCUCAUUUUUUGCCCUCCCUCACCAGCCAGCCCCACCAAGUGCUUGCUAGUGACCUAGUGCCGUACUCGGAUGUUCAACAGGUGUCCAAGAUAGCAGCUUAUGCCUACAGUGCGAUCUCACAGAUUAAGGUGGACGCAAAAGAGGAACUAGUUGUUCAGUUUGCCAUUCCCUGAUCCUGCUACUAUCUGCCACCUGCAGUAUUCCCCUUCCAAUCAGUCUCUCCUCUCGCUCUCACUAUCUCGCUCUUUCUCCCCUAAUCUGCCCAGCCGAACCUGUAGCCAGGCAUCUAUGGCCCUUUGAUUUAUAUUCAUGGAUUUAGCUUGACCUAUGAUUUAAACGGCACCAUAUGACUUUGAUGUAUUGUGUAAACGUAUGGGUCAGAUGAUUACACUUACUGCCGACUGGUUACAGGAGCAUGUCGACUGGCAGAGAGGGGGCAGUUAAGAUAUUUGUUCAAAAUGACCCAGGCCCCCUUGUUUACAUUAAGACUAAAUCAAAAACAAUUGGCCAGUUCAGAGAAAGGGUUUUCCUCAAUAUAAUUCUUUUGGGCACCACAGAGAACAGUGGCUUUUGCCGGCUCUUAAGUAAUACAUAAGGCAUGCAGGACCUAUGUAUUAAUUGCUAGCUGCUAGCAAUAAAAUGUAUACCAUUUUGGUAUAGUUUUCAAAAAGCUUUAAAAAAAAACAACGAAAUGAGGUUAAUAAACAUGUGUUGAGCCCAGAGCUUGGAGUGCAAUGGCACUGAAUUUGUUCCAGCUCCACACAGGCUUCCUGAAAUGGCCUUCCCCAUUUCUCAUUUUCUCCAAGUAUAGCAAGAUAGACGGCAACUUGGUAUUAAUAGUAAGGGGAAGGCCUAUUUAUUUUAAAAUCCCAGUACAUGGUGAAUAUGUAAUGAUUUAAUGUUUGUUGCACCAGACUAAGUUAAGUAAAUUGCAACAACAAUAGAAUUAUUUACCAGCGACCACUCAAGAUGGCAUCACAUUCGUAAUCUGCAGACCAGACAAGCAUUUUGCUAUCCCAUUCAACACCACAUGGGGGACCCUAAAAUGGUGUUCUUCCCUUACUCGUAGGGCAGGGGGGACAGGGCAAACUAGUACUGUGCUGGGUGAGAAAACGUAUCCAUGUCAAAGGGCAUCACGGACCCCUUAACUGUGUGUUUGGUUGGGUUUAAAGAAUACAGCGUAUGCCCUAUCUGGUUCAUGCCUAAAAAAACAAUUUAUACUUAAAUCCUGGAAAGAAAUUAGUAGGAAGGGGGUGUGACUUAGUCCCACGGCAGUAGAUAAUGUGUGCCUUUGUACAUCAUUUUGUGAUUCUGGCAGGCAGGAAGAUAUAUAUCACAUUGGAUGGAGAUUUGUGUUGGUUUUUGGCUGCAGUCCUUUGAGAGUAUUCUUUAUGCAACCCACUUUUAAAAGCUGUUUGCUAAAGCUUUAAAACAAAACAUCUUAACACCCGAUCUUGAUUGAGUUAUCCAUAUUAAGACUAACUGCUACUGUAACUGUACUAAUAGAAAUGUUGUUUAUAUUCACCCAGAGAGGAAAUGAUCCAUGAGCUUUUAUUUUUCCAUUUUUGUUUUACUAUGUGACUUCUCAUGGUAUAAUACAAGAUUGUGCAAGGCAACCCAGUGGGACGAGUCUGAAUUGGGUCUCUAAAGGGAUAAUUUGUUUAUUUUUUUAACCAGAAUUAAAUAACACAAACUUUUUUUUAAGUGCUCUCUGCAUUCUGUCAUUUUUUAAAAUCAUAUUGUGUUAUACUCCCUUGAUAAGGCUUGCAUUAAUUUUUUCUAUGGAUUCCCCCGUUUAAUGUUUGUUUAUUUAAUGCAUUAAAGAUAAAAUGUGUCAUCAUAAAACCAA